AUGCCAUAUUGGAUCCCAUCUCCAGAUCCCGAGUUUACCGACCAACUUGGCACGUGGUUCCACCUCCCAAAGCGCGACUCGCCUUCUUCUUCAGUCAUCGCUGCGGGCGCCAUGCUCGACAGCUUGGAGCCAUCGACGCUGUUGUUUCUGAACCAAUUGAUGUCGCUUACCAUCACCAACCGCGUACUACACACCCAAGUGGUGUACCGAAAGACAUGGACGUCUCCAGAUCGCGUCGACUUGCACACCAACAUGGGCGAUGUGCAGCCAUGGCAUGUCCACGGGGCGUCCGUCGACGUACCGGCGCCGUUUGCAUCGAUCAAAGGCGCGUCCACCCGCGUCCAGAUGGCGUUUCCAUUGUCCUUUGACGGGUCUUCGUUGCCCAACCAGCCCGUGUUUGCCUACUUGCCCGUGCAAUCGUACGGGUUCAAGUGCAUUUUGCAAGCCAACUUUGACCUGCCGUCGUCCCGCGAAGCUAUUCUCGACAACGAAUGGAAUCAGUUUCUGCUGCGGCAGUUCCCGCGCUUGUUUGUCGACCAACUGGUCCAGCUCCUGCCCGAGUUUCCGCACUUGAUCCGCAUGAUCCCAGUGGAUAUUGCGCCGCCAUUUCACCUGAUGGGGCACGCAGUCGUGCGGCUGCUGCAGGACCUUCCCCUCAUUCAAGCCGCGUCGGGGGCGUACGUGGCGCCACGUCAUGUCCUCGACCAAAUCGAGGCGGACCACCCAAUCUCCGAUGCACUUCUAUGGCAAAGUUGCCACAAACAUUUCAUCCAUCCAGACUUUGCCCCGCUCUUGUCGCCACAGCUGAAGCGAAUGCUCGGGAUCUUGCCAUGGAACGCGACUCAUAUGGUUCAACUGGCUCGAACCAUCGCAUCCUCCACCUCUUCGUCGUCAUCUCGGUCGUUGACAUGGCAUGCCCAGUUUAUGGACUUGGUGGCGAGCUUGAACCCGAUGGCUGCCCAUCUGCGUCCAUUGGGCUUAUUCCCUGUGAAAUCCCAUCGCCACGAUGAUGGCAAGUCACUGAAAUCCGUCGAGGACACGCUCUUCUACCCGCUGGACGUGGUCGACGUUCCAUUUGCAGACGAGCUCAACAUUUUGCACCCAGGGUACAUCCACGCCCUCGCCCCAAAGACGACGCGAUUUCUGCAUAUGUUGGGCAUCAAGCAGCUAACCACUCAUGACAUGCUGCAAUUCCACUUGCUUCCCCUAGUAGGAACCUCCAAAACCACAGAGGACGACCAUGCAAAAGCACUUGCGUUUUGUAUGCACGUGCACAUCGAACGACCCCUAUCGACCCCCCUGCUCCAACUCGUUCGGCAAAGUGUGCGCGUAGUGACGGCCAGCGGCGACCUCACGCCCCUGAGCACCCCCCACUUGAGCCUGGAACCCCCCGAGUUUGCCUUUUCAGCGCUCACUGUCGUCGCUGCGACGUCGGUGGUCCCAUCUUCGUCGGCAUUUUCGUUCUUGCAAGCGGUUGGCCUGCCAGUGUUCAUGUCGCUACACCGUCCCGACGGGGUCGUGCCAGGGCUACCUUUUGUCUUGACGUCUAUCGUCACCAACCAAGACAUUGCUGGGGCGACAGCGUUGAUGCAAUAUUUGGAUCGAAACUGGACCGCCCAGCAUUCCGCCACGUAUGGCUCAGUGGUCACCACGUUGCAAACGUCGCCUUGGCUGCCCACCUCCACCACUUUGCUCAAUCCUACUACGCCAGCCAUUGCAUUGAAACGCCCCACCGAAUCGUACUUGGACGUUCCCGCGGGUCUGAAACCCUAUUUUCCAUCCGCAGCCGUGCUGAACCGCGAGUUUGCCUCGGUUCUGCAGAUCCACAUUGGCUUGGGCGUGCCAGAGUACCUACAUCUGCUGCAAUUGGACGCCGUGUCGGCUGACACGGUCGUGGCGUGCCUACUCGAGUUGAAGGCGCACGCUUCGGGCCAUCCCGACGUGCUCCAGUCGAUCCAGGCGGCGUUGUCCGCCGCUCCCAUACUUCCUGUCAACAACCAACGGGUGCGCCUUCACCAUACGAUUUGGAAACCGUCCACCAGCUGCCCCGACCUCGUGGCACUUCGACCAGCUUUCCCCAAAACACUCAAGUCAUUUUUCGUUCAGUUGGGGGUGCCAGUCAAGCCCACAGUGGCCGUGGCCCUAGCUGCCCUCGAAUCUUCCAAUAUCGCCGACCCACGGCCGUACUUGCAAUUCGUGGCCGAGCAGCCGCUGGACAGCUUUCCCGCCCAACUGGAACCCAUAGCGUUCCUCACGACUACCAAUGGCGCCAAAGUAUCAUUCGGGAGCCAGCCCCUCUUGGCUGAAGAGGAACCAUCUUGGUGGAGUCACAUGUCACACACGGACAAGUUGGUCGUUAUAUCGCACCCAGAGAACGCGCCGUUUGCUGGCUUUUGGCAGUUUGGCACGUCGCUAGUCCAAGAUGUGCAAGGCAAUCCAGACAAAUGGAACGAUCUGCUGCACGAGGCCAUGAUGGAGGAGUCCCCCCACGGAUCGUUAGUGUCGGGCCCUAUUAUCCAAGCUUUCCUCUGUUUUUUGCUGGAUACGUGGACGACGCCAAACAUUGUCAGGAUAUCUCACUUGCCCACCCAAGGCGGGGUAUUUGAGCCGUUCGAGUCCGUGUACGCGACAACCUCCAGCCAACUCCGCCACCCUCGAGCGUUGGAGUUACCCCGUCGAUACCAUGAUAUUCUGGCCAAACUGUGGGGUCUCGCUAUCUUGCCCGUGACCACAUCCGUUAUAUUUGAUUCAGCGGUGCCAGAUGCCUCGUUGCACCAACGACUAAGUGAUGCUUUACAGGCCGUGCCUCCCCAGUUCAACCAAGUCGAUAAGCUCCAACAG